UUUAAACAAUAUAAAAAAAUGAGUUAAGGAAGGAAUAAUAAUUCUCAAAUUCCUCUUGUAGGCAAUGCUUAAGAUUUAGAUUUCUGCUCACUAUUUUUUAGGUAUGACAUUAUUACUAUUUAUAACAUACAAAUAAUUUACUGAUAUCCCUAUAUUAUUUUAUAUGCUUAUGAUUAUAUUAGCUAAUAGCAACAAAACUUAUUGAAAGCAUUUUUUAACCAGGAUUUGUAAUAAUAGCUUUGUCAAGCAUCAUUGCUUCAAAAUCUACCCUAAAGUUUGAACUAAAAUAAUUCAUCUAAGGAAGCUUUCUUAACACCUAAUAUACUGAGUAAGCAAUUAUUUAUAUCCCUUUCACUCCUAUUUAUAUAACAUAUAUACUAUCAUUUGCCAUUAUUAUCUAGAUAUGACUCCUAUUACUAAAUUGAUUGAACUAAUGCAAUUCCUUCCUAAUUAACCUUAAUUGUUUUCAUAACCAAAUUUCUUAAACUCAUUUCCUCUACAAUAGAUAAAUUUUAACUAAAAAUUAAAAAACAACGCUGAUAAUCCUAUUACAGUUGAUGAUGAUGAACCAUAGUAAUAGUAAAAAAAAUGCCAUAAUCCUUAAUGCAAGAAUGUGGGAGAUAAAAAAAUCAAGUCUAAAAGAAAUGAUAUACUUUUCUUUUGUGAUAAAUGUUCGAAAUUAUAUAAUAAAGGAAAUUAUUGUGAUUUUUGUGAAUAAGUACUCAAUUUUCAAUUAUUACUUUAAAGGUUUAUGGAUCUUAUGAUGAUGAGGCUGGUUGGGUCUAAUGUGAUUCUUGCUAAAAAUGGGUAAUAUUUUCUUAUCAUCUAUACUUAAUAGAAUCACAUUAUUUGUGAAUAAAAAAACAGAAAUUAAAAUAUUCAAAUAGAAUUUGAAACUAGUCAAUAUCACUGUUUGAGUUGUUCCAAAACCACUAAGAAACAAAAAAUUAUUAAAAAAGUUGAAGAACCUCCAGUCAUUAAAUAACGUCCAAUAAUAGAAUAAGAUGAUUGCAGAAAUAGGGAAAAAAAUAUCUCUUUCGUUGCUACAAAGGAUAAUAAAAUUUAAUACAGUAAUAAAGAUAAUUUUAAUAAUAGCAUUUCGCUUCAAUUUAAUGGAUGAUGAAAUCAAGCAAGAUUUAGAUUAAUUAAGAAAUUCAACAAAAAAAAAAUUAAAAACAUAAUAAUCAUCUCCUCCUAAAAUUUAAUAAGCCCUCCAAACUUAAUAACCUACUCAAUCUUUAUAGUAAUCAACUCAAUAAGAAGUAAAAAAUAUAUAAUCUUACUUUAAGACUUAAGAUUCAUCACUCAACAACAGAAAUUUAAGAAGAAGAAUUUAUUAAAAAAUCAAUUAUAGAGAUUUGAUUGGAGAGUAUUGA